AUAAUAGUAAAACAGAAAAAGAAAAAGAAAAAGAAAAAAAUGCACGGCUUCCCUUCCCUCUGGUGGGAAAUCACAAGCAUCCUUCAACACUUCCAGUCACCUUGACGCAUCCAUCUUCCUCCUUUCCUUCAACAACAAACAAAAAAAGAUUCGAAAGCUCCAGAAACCAGCCCAGCCAAGCAACGGAUAAUGAGUAGAGUCCGUACACUAAACUAAAAACUCUGCUGCUUAUUGGAAAUAAAUAACCUUGUUAAUUUCUUCUGCACAGAAUGGCAACGAAACUAUCAACUUGUUUUCUGAGCCAUCGCCAUGCUACUGCUUUAAAUUGCAAUGCUAUUACCACUACCACUAAUGAUCCCAAGCAUACAAAUGUUCGAUUCUUGUUGCCUUGUCAUCGAUUACUCUCAUCCUCCUCUUUCAGAAUACGGAAUCGCAACUCGAGCUCGCAUUAUAAGCGUAGACAAAUGAAGAAAUCUUCUUCUACAGAGGAUUCCGAGAGUCAUCAACCACAACCACAACCUCAACCCCCUCCUAAGGUGUUUAGUGCUGUACCAAAUGAUGUUACUGGCGCUAGCGUUCUCGUAGAUUCGGAAAGUAGUACUAGUGUAGAUGUGGAGCGGAUUGAGCAACUCACUGAUGCACAGAAUCCACAACGUCUUACCGUGUCCCAAGAAGCCAAAUCUUUGGCUAUUGAUGUUAACAUAGAGGAAGAUGAGAAGCAUUCAAGUGCAUCUGAUGAAAUGAAACAAUUGGCCGUAAACAUGGGUGGCGGAGAGCAACUUUCAAGUAUUCAACUUGAAGAUUUGAUAGGCAUGAUAAGAAAUGCUGAGAAAAAUACUCUUCUUCUGAACAAAGCUCGGGUUUUUGCACUUGAUGAACUUGAAAGAAUUUUUCAUGAGAAGGACAAGUUGCAAGGAGAAAUUAAUGUUUUGGAGAUGAGAUUGGCAGAAAAUGAUGCUAAGAUGAAGGUUGCCGCUCAAGAAAAGAUACGUGUGGAACUCCUGGAAGCCCAGCUGGAGAAACUAAGGAAUGAACUAGCUCAGAGGGGUGCUACUGACAGAAGUGUGUUUGAUCUGUAUGAGAGCCAAAACAAUGUUUUUAAUAAGGAAGCCCCUCUACUUCAGAAUAACACUCUACUUCAGAAUAGCAGUGUUCAUUCUCUUAGUGAGGAGCUUAGUUUAUUGAGGUCGGAAAAUAUGUCUUUGAAAAAUGAUAUAGAAGCACUCAGGGAAGAGCUUAGUAAUGUCAAGAAUACCGAUGAACGUGUUGCAAUACUGGUGAAGCAACACUCUUUGAUGAUGUCUUCUCUGCAAGACCUGGAGUCCAAACUAAUAGCUUCUAAGGAAGAUGUUUCAAAAUUAUCUAGUCUAAAAGUCGAAUGCAAGGACUUAUGGGAGAAGGUGGAUACUUUGCAAGCACUGCUAGAUAAGGCAACCAAGCGAGCAGAUCAGGCUAUUCUUGUGUUGCAACAAAACCAGGAUCUCCGAAAGAAGGUUGAUAAAUUGGAAGAAUCCCUGGAAGAAGCCGUUGUUUAUAAGCUAUCAUCAGAAAAGUUGCAGCAAUAUAAUGAACUAAUGCAGCAAAAGAUGAAACUAUUGGAGGAGCACCUCCAGAGGUCUGAUGAAGAGAUACAUUCUUAUGUCCGAUUGUAUCAAGAUUCUGUACAAGAAUUUCAAGAUACACUCAAGAGUUUGAAAGAGGAAAGCAAUAAAAGGGCACUGGAUGAACCUAUAGAUGAUAUGCCUUGGGAAUUUUGGAGUCAUUUACUGCUCAUAAUUGAUGGCUGGCUGCUCGAGAAGAAAAUAUCUACAGAUGAUGCAAAGCUUUUGAGAGAAAUGGUAUGGAAGAGAGAUGGGCGUAUUUGCGAGGCAUACAUGGAAAGCAGAGAAAAGAAUGAACGUGAAGCUGUGUCUAGGUUUCUCAAGCUGACGUCAUCACCCAAAAGUUCUGGAUUAUCUAUCAUUCAUAUUGCAGCAGAGAUGGCACCAGUUGCCAAGGUUGGUGGUUUGGGAGACGUUGUGACUGGUCUAUGUAAGGCACUACAAAAGAGAGGACACCUUGUGGAGAUUGUUCUGCCUAAAUAUGAUUGCAUGCAAUAUGAUCGGAUUCACAACUUGAGGGCCCUAGAUGUGGUGGUGGAAUCAUAUUUUGAUGGAAAAUUAUACAAAAAUAAAAUAUGGGUCGGAACAGUUGAAGGUCUCCCAGUUUACUUUAUUGAGCCUCAGCACCCUGAAAAGUUCUUUUGGAGAGGACAAUUUUAUGGAGAGCAUGAUGAUUUCAGACGUUUUUCAUUGUUCAGCCGUGCAGCACUUGAGUUACUUCUUCAAUCUGGCAAAAAACCAGAUAUAAUUCAUUGUCAUGACUGGCAGACUGCUUUUGUUGCACCACUCUAUUGGGAUUUAUAUGCCCCAAAAGGGUUGAAUUCAGCCAGAAUAUGUUUCACAUGCCACAACUUUGAGUACCAAGGGACUGCACCCGCAUCAGAAUUGGCAUCUUGUGGACUUGAUGUCCAUCAGCUGAAUAGACCAGAUCGAAUGCAAGACAACUCUGCACAUGAUAGGGUCAAUCCUGUCAAGGGUGCAGUGGUAUUCUCGAACAUUGUGACAACAGUAUCACCUACCUAUGCACAAGAGGUGCGGACUGCUGAGGGUGGGAAAGGUCUCCAUUCAACUCUUAAUUUUCACUCCAAGAAGUUUGUUGGAAUUCUUAAUGGAAUUGAUACUGAUGCAUGGAAUCCUGCUACUGAUACUUUUCUCAAAGUCCAGUACAAUGUUAAUGAUCUUCAAGGGAAAACUGAAAACAAAAUAGCUUUAAGAAAAUUUCUUGGGCUCUCUAAUGCAGAUGUCAGGCAACCAAUGGUAGGCUGCAUAACACGAUUGGUGCCACAGAAAGGUGUGCAUCUUAUUAGACAUGCAAUAUACCGGACACUGGAGCUGGGAGGACAAUUUGUACUUCUUGGUUCAAGCCCAGUUGCACAUAUUCAGAGGGAAUUUGAGGGUAUUGCUAACCAUUUUGUGAAUCAUCAUCACAUUCGGCUGAUAUUGAAGUAUGAUGAAUCUCUCUCCCAUUCCAUUUUUGCGGCAUCUGACAUUUUUAUCAUCCCAUCGAUUUUUGAGCCUUGUGGCCUCACACAGAUGAUAGCAAUGAGAUAUGGUUCCAUACCAAUUGUAAGAAAAACUGGUGGUCUAAAUGACAGUGUUUUUGAUGUUGAUGAUGAUACCGUGCCGCCUCAAUUUCGGAAUGGCUUUACAUUCUCGACUCCUGAUGAACAUGGAGUAAACAGUGCUUUAGAUCGUGCAUUUAACUACUAUAGAAACAAUACCGAGGUCUGGCAGCAGCUUGUUCAGAAGGACAUGAGCAUGGAUUUCAGUUGGGAAUUGUCAACAUCGCAAUAUGAAGAACUUUACUUGAAGUCAGUGGCCAGAGCAAGGGUGGCAGCAAAUCGAGCUCAAAUAUUGUAAGAACAGGCAGUCCUAAUUUACGAGUUCUGUGGAGAUGCAAUUCAGUCAAGUUUGAUUCAGGGGUGUGGAUUUAUAGAGUUACAAUUGAGGCAGCCCAGCUAACAAGCACAUACAUCUUGAGAGUUUCCGAUGCUAACACAAGGUUUUUUUUUUUUUUUUUUUAAAUAUAGAUUAGAACAUUCACAUGGUCUUAAAAUAAUCCUCUAUUAUAGUUAAUACAAGUUUGUAUCAAAUUGGCUUUCUAAUAUGCCCUCAUUGUACUUUAUACUUAAAUGCCAUAGGAGAUAUGACACUACACAUCAGAAAAUUCACUGUUGCUCUGGUUUUAUCUUUAAGAAAAUUUGUAAAUGUUGCUCUGGUUGUCUUUGGUU